GAAUGACCUUAAGGCGCACUGUCGGAGUAUCUCGCUACGCCGAUAGAGUUGAUCAUAACGAGUUGAUAGUGAAGCUACACAAUAUUAUCGUGGAACAAAUACUAUUAAGCAAAUUGAAACGAACUUGUUAAAGGUCUUAUACAUAUAUCUAUUAUUGCUUUUAAUGGUAUCACUGUGUUUCUCAAAAUCUUCAAUUCACUUUUCAAGACGAACAUUCUUUACAUCGAGGAUCAGUUGUUCACCGCGUAAUCUCUUCUCAGAUGAUAGUUAUAGACUUCGUACAUUCCUUAAUUAUACUGUAUCGUUUGGUAUAUUCAUGAUUGGUUUUGGAUAUGGUACUGUGCCGUUAUAUCGUUUGUAUUGUACAAAAACAGGUAGCGGGACAAAUGCAAAUUUUGCUAAGGCUAAAACUGAAAAGAUCAGAAGUAUGAAACCAGUAAAAGACUAUGAACUAGUUGUGUAUUUUGCUGCUGAUACAUAUUCAAAAAUGUCAUGGAAAUUUAAACCAUUACAAAAAGAGUUAACUGUUGUCCCUGGUGAAACAGCCUUGGCAUUUUAUUCCGCUGAAAAUCCAACAGAUAAACCGAUUGUAGGAAUUGCUACUUAUUCUAUUGUCCCAUUUGAAGCAUCAAAAUAUUUUAAUAAAAUACAAUGUUUCUGUUUCGAAGAACAACGUCUCAAUCCACAUGAAAAAGUUGAUCUACCUGUAUUCUUCUAUAUUGAUCCAGAGAUUACAUCAGAUCCACGAUUGAAAUCACUUAACACGAUAGUAUUGAAUUAUACAUUUUUUGAAGCUAAAAAAUCAAAAUUUUAUGUCCCUGGGAUAACAACGCCGGAGUAUGCUGAUGUACAAACACCACCAGCAACAACACCACAGACGACAGUACCAACUACCGAGUUAGUUAGCUAGUCAGUUAGGUAGUUUGUUAAUGUGAUGAUUCACUCUGUGUGUAGUCUCAUGGAUCCUAGUCGAAUUUUUUUUCGUAUUCGCCUUCAUCUUCUCUUUUUCCUGUCUCUUCUGUAAGACAGAGAUUGUACAUAGGACUGACUUCUUUCUCCUCUUAUUUAUUCUUAUAAAUCCUUUUGUACAACACGUCUUAUGCUCCCACUUAUUUUCUCAUUUGUCAAAUAGACAAUUUUUGUGUAUUUAACUGAAUUUUAGAUUUUUUCCCGUCGAUUGAUCGGCCCGAAUUGCUCGGUCUCACGUUGACG